AGUUUUUGAAACCUUUAAAUAACCAAGUAACGUUAAAUAAUAUAAAACAAAACCCACUUUUGAAAAAUAUGACUAUAUUAAAACAACCACGUUUAUCAAUUGCCCCAGUUUCGGAAAUUGAAUGGAAUGAAAUAAUAAGGAUGAGUGAUGUGUAAUACCUGUCAUUUCAGUUCCUAAAUGAUGUCAUCUCAGCACACAACGCACAGCUGUAUGAAUAUUUGUCUCGAAGGCAGUGCAUUAAACGUUAUAGCCGAUUUUGCAUCAAACACAAAGGUGUCAUUCCAGUGCUUGACACUGGAAUCCAGCCUUAAUGCAACCACAUUAAAGCCGUUGUGUUUUAAUAUAAGAUUAGCUACUUUUAUAUUCACUAACUUGAUGUCUAAUCAAAAUUCCUGGAUCCCAGUGCCUAGACACUGGGAUGACAUCCUUCUAGUGUACAAUAUUCGUACAGUUGUGUACAUGACACAAGGGUCUAUAACUCUUCUUUUUUGGAUUCCAGUGUCAGCUAUUUGCAUGACACCCUUACUGAUGUGUCACUCAUGUUAGAAGUAAAUAUUCUUGACAAGAAAUGGUGCAGCAUUAUAGAAAAUCCUAAAAAUUUUGUAUUAGGUGUCAUCAAUGCUUCUCUAAAAGAAUUAAAAAUAGACCACUAUAAACCAAAUAUAUCAAUAGCUCUGGCUGAUGAUGACUUGCUACAUCAACUUAAUUUAAAAUUUAGAGAAAUGGAUAAGCCAACUAACGUACUAUCAUUUCCGUAUGAACAAUUGUCUAAUGAGUGCGAUUUAGGAGACAUAGCAAUUUCAAUAGACACAAUAAAAAGAGAAUCGCAUGAGUAUUAUAUACCCAUUCUUGCUCACAUUGCACACAUGUUAGUGCAUGGAUUACUGCAUUUACUUGGUUAUGAUCACCAAAAAAAAGAUGAAGAAAUUAUAAUGAAAAAUCUAGAAAGAGAGAUUUUAGCUUCGCUUGGCUACAAUAUGUGUGCGAUUUAAAAGGAAUUUAAUAAAAAUAUAGUAGAUGAUAAUAAAAUAUGUUAUCUACAAAGGGUUUUAGCUAUAAACAAUAAAAGGUAAGUGAUAUGGUUCAGUUUUCUUUGCCAAAGAAUUCUAAAAUUAAUCAAAAGGGCAAAAUUUAUCCUAUUCCUGCUAGAGCAAAAAACAUCAGAAGAUUUCAAAUUUACCGUUGGUCUGCUGAUGACGAGAAAAACCCUAGAAUAGACACAUUUUUUAUUGAUAUGGAUAGUUGUGGCCCUAUGGUACUUGAUGCAUUAAUAAAAAUAAAGGAUGAAAUAGAUUCGACUUUAACUUUCAGACGUUCUUGUAGAGAAGGCAUAUGUGGAUCUUGUGCCAUGAAUAUUGACGGAACCAAUACUCUUGCAUGUACUAGAUCUAUACAUGAUAUAAAAGGUGACGUAAAAAUAUAUCCAUUACCUCACAUGUAUGUAAUAAAGGACCUAGUCUCGGAUUUGAGCCAAUUUUAUGAGCAAUACAAAUCAAUUAAACCUUGGUUACAAGCAGAUAAGCCUGCCCUACCAAAUAAAGAAUACUCUCAAUCUUCUGAAGAUAGAAAAAAAUUAGAUGGCUUGUCCGACUGUAUAUUAUGUGCUUGCUGUUCGACUGGUUUCACAUAAAGGAAGAAUAUGACAUAGAUAUUGAAAUUGUUAAAAGGCCUCCAUGUAGAUUUUGGGUGCACAAAGAUACGCCACCUGAGCUACUACCAACAAGAGAACAAGGGUUUAAAGUACAGCCAAGAAGAUGGGUUGUAGAAAGGACUUUUGCUUGGGUUAAUAGGAAUAGAAGGCUAUCGAAGGAGUAUGAUUUACUCACAACAUCCACUGAGAAUUUCAUAUACCUAGCUAUGAGUAGGGUUAUGUUAAAGAGGGAAUAUGCUUGAAUUUACUAGUUUCCGGACAACCUCUUAUACCAAUUCCCAUUACACGGCAAACAGAUGGACAAAGAUGGAAGAAAAGCCAUAAUGAAGUAAGUAAAAUAGUUGAGGUAUAAAUGGCAUUAAGAUCAAAAUUAUUGGAUGAAAAAGUAGUAGAAUCAGCAAAAGAAAUGCUGAAGAAAGUAAGGAAUAAUGCAUAUGUUUCAAAAAAACUAAAUGCUGUAAUUGCAGCAAAAAAGUACAGUAUAACGGCUGUAGCAAAAAUAUAUUGCAUUUCAAGAAGCGCACUAACUUCGUGGGUAAAACUCUUGAAAUUUGGCAGAGAAGAAAAACUGUUUGCUCCUCCACAACGCCGUAGAAAAACUAAAUUAAAUCAGGUUCAACUACAGCAAAUUGAAGAGUGGAUAGAAGAAAAUCCUAAUAUUACCAUUAAAGAAAUGAGAAUAAGAAUCCAGGAAAAGUUCAGAUUAAAUAUCAGCAAAUCUACAGUACACCGCUAUAUGCAAAAGAUGAAAUUCUCAUAUAUUACACCAAGACCAGUUCAUAAUGGACAAGAUAAAAGCAAACAAGAGGAAUUCAAAAAAAAAUCUCAAUGGAGCUAUUAGCAAGUAUCCAGAAAAAGAGCUAUUUUUCUUUGAUGAAUCACGGUUUGGCACACAUUCAAAGGUUGGACAUGGGUGGUUUAAAAAGGGGAUUAGAACACAGGUUAAAACAAAAUUAGGUAGGCAAAAUUUCUAUCUCUAUAGUGCGGUUAAUCCUAGAAAUGGAGAGAGUUCUAGCUUAUUUGCACCAAAUGUCAACACUGAUUGCAUGAACAUAUUUCUUGAGCAGAUGUCGCAAUAUCUAGAAACACGAGAGGCUUUUCUUGUUAUGGAUUGUGCUAGUUGGCAUAGGUCAAAAAAUUUAAAGGUACCUAAAAAUAUCGAUAUUAUAUACCUACCUCCGUACUCACCUGAGCUAAAUCCUGUUGAGAGGCUUUGGUUAUAUAUAAAACAGAACAUUUUGCGCAAUAAAAUAUACGAUACAAUUGCUCUGCUUGAGGGUGCUUUGUGCAAAUUUAUUACUUCUCUUGCCAGCUCCACAAUUAAACAACUCUGCAAUGUCUCCUAUUUGACUGGCCAA